AGACGGUGUCUCCUCCAAAUGUAGCUUUCGUGCAAAUGUACACACAGCUCAGCCAAUAAUUCAGCCUUCAAUUCUCGAUGAACAGAUCAUCCAUCCAUUCGUUGUCAUAUAAUUAUUUCCAACACAAUGGUUCUGCCACAUAUGUUCUUCAGAAAUCUUUGAGCAUCCUACAGCCUCUGGGAAAAUGAUUUGUGAUGCUCAAACCAUCCUCUCAUCUUUUUGUCCUUUCUUAGUUGCAGGUUACCGAUGACCGUCUCUCGGCAUUGAACCGUAGCAGGAGCUUAACCAGAGCAUGAAAGAUGCAGUGAAUUCAGUCUCUUUCUUUGCGCUGGAAUACUCCUCCAGAGGCCGAGCUGGUGGUCGCUAUCGAGAGUAGCUAAAAGAUUGCGUUUUUAGACGCAGAGAGAAGGAAGACAUGGUGAUGACGAGCCCUAUGUUUCGAUUGGGGAACGAGGACACGGGUCCGCCAUGGCUGCGGCCGCUCCUGAAGGCGAGCUUCUUCGUCCCCUGCCAAUUUCAUGGGGAUUCCAACAAGAGCGAGUGUAACUUGUACUGCUUGGAUUGCAUGGGGAAUGCGCUCUGCUCCUACUGCCUCCCGGGCCACAAGGAUCACGACGUCGUUCAGAUUCGGAGGUCUUCGUAUCACAAUGUGAUCAGAGUGUCGGAGGUGUCCAAAUUCAUAGACAUCUCUUGCAUCCAAACCUACAUUAUCAACAGCGCCAAGAUAGUGUUCCUCAACGAGAGGCCGCAGUCAAGGCCCGGAAAGGGAGUCACCAACGCUUGCGAAAUCUGCAGCCGCAGCCUCUUGGAUUCCUUCCGGUUUUGCUCCAUUGGCUGCAAGCUAGAAGGUAUGAGGACGGACCCAGAGCUCACCUUCACCCUCCACCCCAAGCCUCGCCGCGAGCCGAUGCAUGGCUCUGAAUCCGACGAGUCAUCGACCAGUCGAAAGCUGCGAAAGACCUCAGGCAUUAGCAGAAGCAUCACCCAACUCCCUGCAGCGAAAUGGGGCAACGAAGGUAGCAGCAUCUCUUCCGGGACUCCUCCCAUCGUCAUCAGCUACCGGACAUCCCGACGGAAGGGCGUGCCUCAUCGGGCUCCAUUCUAAGGUUGUGGAUAUGUACCGUGAAUAUAUAACACCAUAGGAAUAACGAAACCAAAGUGUAUGGUUCUUAGUUUCUUCUCCUUCCUAUUUGGACAUAAUGGAAGUGUGAGGAAGAAGUGGGCUUCAUGCAUCUUAUAUCGACUAGGAUACGUUCAUCUCGA